AUGGCCGGACCAUCAUGGCUGGUGGACAAAAGUAGAAUUGCAACCAAAAUAAAAAGUGCAAUGGAGUCAUGUGCUCCAGAAAAUGUUACAUGGAAAAGCAAUCCUACCAAGGCUUGUCCUAAUUGUCAGCAUUGUAUUGACAAUAAUGAUGUUGCAAAUGAGUGGCCAGGCUUGCCAAAAGGUGUCAAAUUUGAUCCAUCUGAUCAGGAAAUAAUAUGGCAUUUGCUUGCAAAAGUUGGUGUAGGAAAUUUAAAACCUCAUCCUUUCGUUGAUGAGUUUAUUACUACUCUUGAAGUGGAUGAUGGGAUUUGUUACACUCAUCCUCAAAACUUACCAGGUGUUAAGCAAGAUGGAAAUGCAUCCCACUUCUUCCACAGAGCGAUUAAGGCAUAUAAUACUGGCACUCGAAAGCGGCGAAAGAUUCACGAUCAAGAUUUUGGUGAUGUCCGCUGGCACAAAACUGGAAGAACUAAACCAGUAAUCUUGAAUGGGGUUCAAAAAGGUUGUAAAAAGAUUAUGGUUCUGUAUAUGAGCAGCGCGGGAGGAGGAAAAGCUGAGAAAACUAAUUGGGUUAUGCAUCAAUAUCAUUUGGGAACAGAAGAGGAUGAAAAGGAUAGAGAAUUUGUCAUCUCUAAAGUGUUUUACCAGCAGCAACAAGUCAAAUUGGGUGAUAAAGAUGAACACGAUAUUCCUGAAGUCAUCGAAGCAACAAUUGUAAAAGUGGAUCCAGUCACUCCCAAAUCUGUGACUCCCGAGCCUCCUUAUAAUGAAAACAAGUAUUCCGAUGUUGAUGUAGGACAUCAAACACUUGUUGUUCCUCAGCAUCAGAUGGUUUGUCUGGAUGAAAUUCAAGCUGAUUGUGAAGAGAAUGCAAAUGAUGAUCUAUCCAUGGUAGAAACUGAACAUAAUGAAGUGACAGAGAAUAUCGAAAAUAAUGGAGAUGAAAGCCAAAAGUGGUGGGAUAGUGAAUCACAAAAUCUGUUGGAUUCACAACAACUGGUUGAAGCGUUGUGCUUGUGUGAUGAUUUAUUUCAUAGCCAGUCUCCCACUAGAGAUGGCAAAGAUGAAAAAAAUAACCAAACAGGUCUUUCUGUAUAUGCUGAAUUAGGACCAGAGCAUCUAAAGAAGGAUAUUGAAGACUGUCAAAAUCUUGUCCUUGACCCUCCAAAUGAUGUUGAGCAUGACACAAAUUCAGAGUUACGACUAAGUCAGCUGGAGUUUGGUUCGCAAGAUAGCUUUAUAUCAUGGGGUUACAGCAACAAGGCAUUAGGGUAG